CGGUGAGGGUGAGCGCGGGGCAGGCUGGGAACAAAACAAACCCCGGCUCGAGCGGGCGGGCGGUGGCGGCGGCUCGGGGAGGCCGGAGAGACGGAGCUGCGACACUGGCCACACGGUACUUAGGAUACAAGGGUAUUGAACACAGCAAGGAGGACAAAUAAUGGGUCUAAAAACCUUCACACACAAUUCUCCAGUCCAUGGUCAAGAGCUUCUGGGAAAGUUAAACAAACUCCGUAAUGAAGGACAUUUCUGUGAUGUGACGAUUCGGGUCCAAGACAAGGUCUUCAGAGCCCACAAGGUGGUCCUUGCUGCUUGCAGUGAAUUCUUCAGGGCAAAACUUGUAAAUCAAUCAGAUACAGAUGAGUGUAUUUUGGAUUUGAAUCAUGUCACUGUUAGUGGGUUUUCACCAUUGCUAGAGUAUGCAUACACUGCUACACUUGCCAUUAAUACUGAGAACAUUAUUGAUGUCUUGGCUGCUGCAAGCUAUAUGCAGAUGUUUCACGUAGCAAACACCUGUUCAGAGUUCAUGAAAUCAAGUAUCCUGUGGAAUACAAGUAGUAAUCCGCCAGGACCUGUUCCUCCACUUUCUCAGGAGAAUAGUGGAGCUUGUAUUGUUCAGUCCCACGAUGACAGCCUAUCGCCAGUAUCAUCAGAAUGUAGUUCUGUUGAAAAAAGUAAGCCCAGGGAGUCUCGCCGAAAACGAAAGAACUUCAUAAUGAUAUCACCAGAGAGUCCCACUGAAUCUGCUGCUCAGCCCAAUUGUUCACAAGUUGUGAACCCUUCGGUGACUUUUUCAGACAACAACAGGACCCAGCAGUGUGUGGACUCUUCUGUGUCAUUUCAGUGGACAUACCCAUUGGGUGGUGAUCGUCGGACCCAAACUGAUAAAACUAAACAAACAGAAAGCGCUAGGAUCUUGGAACAAACCAUAAACACAGAGGUAACAGGAAGACUACCUGAAUUCACUGCUUGUGAGAGCACAAAAGCAACAUCACCCCCUAUAAUAGAAGAUGAUGUACGGAUCAAAGUUGAAAGGUUAAGUGAUGACGAAGGUCAUGAAGUGGUAUCGCAGCCUGUUAGUGCUUCUCAGAGUUCACUUAGUGACCAUCAAACUGUACCAGGAAGUGAACAGGCUCAGGAGGAUUUAUUGAUCAGCCCCCAAUCUUCCUCUAUUGGUUCAGUAGAUGAAGGAGUUACAGAAGGGCUACCAACGUUGCAGGGCACUUCCAAUGCCAAUAAUCACCCAGAUGAUGACGAUAGAUUGGAGAGUGGACAGUACUCCUACCAACUAUACAUCAACCCUUCCACAAGUGGCACGGAGAGACCUAGUCCAAACGGUCCUGAUAAACCUUUCCAGUGCCCUACCUGUGGUGCUAGGUUCACUCGCAUCCAAAAUCUCAAACAGCACAUGCUUAUUCACUCAGGUAUAAAACCCUUCCAGUGUGACAGAUGUGGGAAAAAGUUCACGAGAGCAUACUCCUUAAAGAUGCAUCGUCUCAAGCAUGAAGGCAAACGAUGUUUCCGAUGCCAGAUAUGCAGUGCAACUUUUACUUCAUUUGGGGAAUAUAAGCACCAUAUGCGUGUUUCGAGGCACAUUAUUCGAAAGCCAAGGAUCUAUGAGUGCAAAACAUGUGGCGCCAUGUUUACCAAUUCUGGAAACUUAAUUGUACACCUGAGGAGCCUGAACCAUGAAGCAUCUGAACUAGCAUCCUACUUCCAGGGCAGUGACUUCAUUGUGCCAGACUACCUGAAACAAGAGCAAGAGGAGGCCCUUGGUCAGUAUGAUAUCGGAGACAAUGGCUUUGAUAGCAACUCAGCAGUGCAAAUGCCAGUUAUUUCACAGGUGUCCUCCACACAGAACUGCGACACUGCAUUCCCACUUGGGCACUUGGCUGGACUUAUGAACAAGGACGAUGAAAUAAUGGAAGAACAGAAGACGAAUGGCUCAGAUGUAAAUGGAAUCCUUGGUGCAAGAGAAGAUCUACAUAAGAGAGGUUCUCCAGAGGAAGGACCUCAUAUCCUUUAUAAUUAAGUUAUCCCUGGUAGUUAAAUUUCAGUUCUUUUGGAGAAAGUGCCUGGACCUGAGUCAAAUGAUUCUUGGAGCUUUUCUUCCAGAUUCCGAACUAUGAUUUAAAAUAGGUCAACGUUUCAUUAUUUGACCAUCAGAGGUUUCAGACGUAUCAAUGGGCCUUCACUUACUUAGAAGCACAUUUAACCACGCAUUUCUUAAUUCACACAGCAGGCAUAGACCUUGGAAGAAGCUAUGGUACAGCUUUUGAACAAUAUACAGCAAACAGUACCUUCUAAAAAUGUUUUACAUUAUACCUUCAUAAAGCUGCCAAUAGUACUUUGCCUGUCAUAUCGGCAUCUGGGGACACAAAUUAGGAUCAAAGUUUGAAAUGCUGCAUUGGUGGACAAGAAAAACUCAUCUCUGAUUUUAUCUGCAUCAAGUCACUGGAAACAUAUCAAAUGUUCAAAUACUACAUAAAUGUUAUCUGCCUGAAACGAUUUUAUGACAGAUAUGUUGAAUAUUCUAAUACAACUAAAUGAUGUUCACAGGGUAUGAAAUUUCAAAAUGUCCAUCAGAAAGUGGAUUUUUUUUCCAGCAAAAAAUACAUUUGUACAAUAAUACAAACCUUUUUAUCAGUAAGAAUUUGAAAUUGGCAUUGUGAAUAUAAAUGCUAGCCUGGAUAUCUAUUCCUGAAUAGUUGCUUCUUUCGUGCACUCCAAAUUGUGCCAUAUUUCCUUCUGUACAAUCAGAUGGUUUUUGGUUACUUGUUCAAAGUACCACCUAGUGAUGGGAGUAAGGGAAGGGAAGAUUUGUUGAAAGCCAUGAGGACCUUUCAGCCAGGCAUCUGACUUUUUGAAGAGCCAUUUGACCAUUACAUUCCUGGCUGAAAAGAUUAGUGUUCCAAUUGCUGUUUUUCCAGUUCAGGAAAGAAAUAGAUUGGUAUUCAGCAUAGCACAGUUAUAAAAUUAAUGUCUGUUGAGUGUAAAACUAAUGUGUAAUUAGUUUCCUGGCCAACUGGGUGAAGAACCUUAAGAGUUCCAUCAGGAGUUGGUUUCAGAGCCAUUAUUACAUAUUUGGCUGUGACCUGGUGCCACCAAAGUGUGACCUUUUUACAUCUACGUGAUUUAAAACUGGAUAUAUUCAGAUGUUUUCCAGUACAUAUUUUACUAUUAAUCUGAAGUAAUGGUGAAUGCAUAUUCCCUUCAGAAGUGUUUAGCUACUUUUUAGUCUCUUGUAACUUGUGGAUGUGCGUUAACAUUGACACCACAGUUGGUGGCACGUUAGUGAAGAGUAUUUUCAGGGAGCUUGUUUGCCUUGGCUGUUGUUGAAUCAGUGGUUUAUUGCAAACUUUUCUAAAACAGAAGUUUUUUGUGCUAACAGAUAACUGGUUUUAAGCUUAAAUGUUCAGACUUAGAUUUCUACGGCUGUUAAAGGUUUUUUUUAAACAAUCUACACAAUUUGCUGUUUUGUGAAGUGUUCACCUUUUUGAAGGUGUUAAUUACAAUUGUUGAUUCAUUUGUUAAUAUGUGCAUAGGAUCAUGUAAUAUUUGGACAAUCUGAAGGCAUGCUGUGAUUGAUUAAGGCAUGUGUGUUUUAAUUUUUUUUUUAUUUUUAGUAACUUCUGUAGUCUUGGUAUUCAAAAUAUUUAGGAAGUAGCACUCCUGAGAGUAAAGCACAGAUAACAUUGAUGGUUUGGGCUUUAUUCAAAUAAAUAUAUUCAGUUAUAUAUUAACCUUACCAGCAAUACCGAAAGAUUCUUGUCUGGGUAGUCAGAGUACCUUGUAGAGAAAUAAAAGCUGAAAGUAUGCUGGAAGCAUAGAUGGAAAAGCCUCUUACCAUGUUAAUUUUGUAUGCAAGAGGGUCUGGAUAAAUGUAAUACUGAUCCAUGCAUAAAAUUGGGUGUUUCAACACCUUUAGUGUAAAGAUGUUUAGACUAUCCAAUUUUGGCAGGUUAGUUAUGUGGUGGUAAGGAUUCUGUAUUCCACUCAGUCAUGUUGACUUGCAUUCUGGGAAUGUAGUUUAUAUGACUGUCAAACUGCUCAACGUCCCAAAAAGAAACUCAAUUAGUUGCAGAGAUAUUUUUGAUCAACACCUCUGGUGUUCUUAAAUAUCAAAACCGAAGAUGAUUUAAGUAAUUUCAGAUAGCACCACCUUGCUGGUUUGGUUAAAUUUUGGCCUAUUUGCCAUGUGAAUCAAAACUUCAGCUUAUGUUGUUUAUCUUUGAAAUACAUGCAUGUUAAUUCUAAAGGAUGGCCAUGCUGCAGUGAUUUUUCCAUUGUAAAACCUGAGUAGCCAGCAUUGUAACAUCUCUAAUGGUUUAAUUUUAUCUUACUUUGAAAAUACAAAUAAUUCUUUUUUGGAAUUUAUAUUGGCUUUUCAGUCCAAUUUUCCAGCAGUCAAGCUAUAUCCUCUUUGCAAUUCUAAUUGAGGCAUGCAGCCAUCAGACAACAGGAUAAUUUUACCCAAUACCCCAAUCAGUCAAUUUCUGAAGUGUGCAAAAAUGAGAAAAAAAGUAAACCCUUCCCUCGCUGUGAAAUAUUUUCAUUAUAGCUAAAUAAAAAUAGCAUUUACAUAUAAAGAAACACCUUUACAAAUAGACAUAAGGGAAGUGGAUGCCGAAAUAGGAAAAUAUUAGCAACAUUUGAAUGUUUGAGAAAUUAAGUUGCUUCUCUUACAUUUAUUAAUAUACCAUGUUUUUAAUUGUUUUCCAUUACUAAAAGCUCUGUUCUACCAGAGUGGGUAAAUGGUUAAAUCAACUGUACAUGUCCACUAUUCAAAAUGAUAAAGGAAAUUGUAGGUACAGUCAAUAAUACUACAGUAAUUGUCCAGUUUGUUUACAUGGGCAUGGUUGAAAUUAAACAUUUUAUGUAUAUCUAUAGUAGUAGAUGCUGAAGUAGUUCCUUUGUCCUGUACUUCAAAUGUGCAUUUUUUAAUUGUGUUUAUAUACUUUGCAUUCUUGGAAAGCCCAGCACUUUGUCACUCUACAUUUUAGUGAUCUUAAACUCAUAUUCCCAUCACUGCCAUAAACUAUUUCAAAGACAUAAAUAAAGCUGAGCCUACAGUGUCCCUGUUGUGGUCACCUACUUGUACAUACUGUAUAGUCUAAUGACUUGGAAAUAAUGCUAACCUGUUGAGCAAAAGAAUUCAGAUGGAAUUUUUGAUAGUGCGAUUGUCAGUAAAUUGGAUAUUUUUUUGGUUUGAAAACCUGGUUUUCACCAGCUUGGCCCCACGGCAGGCUAGUAUUUUAAAACGUAGCCAACGUUGAAAAUGAGAAGUUCCAGUUUCAAUGUGCUUGAGUUGUAAAUGUAAAGAACUUUCUGCUCUGGCUAUGGGUUUUACUAUAUUCAUCCUGUUGUGGGGUGGGUGUAUAUGUGUGUGUGCGUGCGUGUGUGUGUAUAUAGGGAAAAGUUCACAUAUUCUAUUUUCAUGCUCAUAUGGUCACAAGAGGCAAGUAGCAUUGUAUAAAGUUUGAUAAAAUAAUACUGCAGUUGAUAAUCUGUGUGGAAAUUAUAAAUAAAACUCUUUACCAUUA